UUGAAUGAUGAUAUCAAUAAACAUAAUCUAAUGAAGCCUUAUUUCGAAACUGAGGAAUUAAUAAAAACCUGUCUUGGUUAGAUUGUGAAAGGAGCUUGACUAAGGCAGCGGCAAUGGAGGACGGUUGUUUGUCUGCGGAAUCCAAUCGCCAUGGUAAUGGCACUGCUUCAAAGUUCCUGACUAACCUUCCUUCUCGUGGCCUUUUCUCUUCCACUGUUUCCUCUGCUAACUUGGGUGGGAUGCGAAUAUACAUCUGUGAUCAUGAGACAACACCCCCAGAUGACCAAGUAAUAAAGACGGAUCAGAUGAAUAUAUUGAUUAGAUCUCUCACAUUAAAGAAGCAACAAGGUGAUGCAACUGAAAGCUCAAGAAAGAGAGCAUCUGGAGCUGCUGAUGGAAGAAAUCCAGCUAAGAGGACAAUGACGAACAACCAAUAUAAUGCUAGACAGAGUGGAUCGAGUAGUCGUGGUGUAGAUAAGAGUUUUCAGGGUUUGACAGUAGAUAGGCUUCGGGCCCUUCUUAAGGAAAAAGGGCUUUCACACAAAGGAAAGAAGGAUGAGCUGCUUGAACGUCUGCGUAAUGCAAGUUAAUGAUCAAGCAGUUGAUUAUAGAGGGAAGUAGGAUAUGCAUGCGCCAGGGAAGUUCAUUGUCAGUGCAAAUUUGCUCGUUAGCUCAUCUUAAAAGGUUCCAUAUAUUAUUGUAUGGUGUUUGUGAUAUGUCGUACUUUUUGUAGUUAUGGUACGUAUUACAUGUAUCAUGAAUGCAAAUUCUGCAUGGCACAGCUCUCGUUGAUGUACCACUUAUACAGCAUUUUGCAUUCUCUUUUAAGCGGUCUAAUUACGGAGACUGAUUCAUAGGACGUGUUUUUGCCUUGCUAGACGGUUGUAAUUUGUAAAUGGCGAAUUUAAAUACAUUUUUAUCUUUGCUUUCAAGAAAGUUUUUUGAUCAGAUAGUUGACAGUUCUAUAUAUGCAACUCCAUAUUUUGGAAGUGAGCUACUGUUACGAGGUAUUGUCGUUUGGUGAAAUGACUGUGAAAGACAGCCUUUCGGUGAAACGUGCUCAAAUAAGGAGUUUAUAUUCUCAUAUGUAUGAGACAUUUAUUUAAUCCAUGUAUAAGGCAUGUCUCUUAGUGAGACUGUCUCAUACAACAAUUUGUGUUUGGUAGUUGAUUUUUUAUUGAAUACGUCAAAAACUAAAACUGGACUGGGAAUGAACAUUACGUUA